GCUGAGCUCUCAAAUCUAGCAGAAUAACAGUUUUGAGGCUCCAGCUCUCCUUAAAGCACACAUAUUAUAAGAUAUUUUAUUGACAGCAAUGGUCUCAAGAAUAUUUCAUCAUUGGUUUGCUAGAAAAGUCUUCUUGGAGACUAAAAGAAAUCUGCAACCAGAUAAGAUACAGCUCAACAAGACUUAUGGGGUUCAACAAUCCUGUACAUUCCACAAUGAAAGCCCUCCCUUGAGACCCAUACUGACUACCAGCUAUGUCCAUGGAACAUCCAACAUACCACUCAUAGGAAAAACUGUGGGACAGUGUCUAGAGGAAACAACAAAUAAAUUUCCAGAUCGAGAGGCUGCAGUGUUUGUUUGGGAAGGCAUCAGAAAAACAUAUGCGGAGUUCAACAAGGAGGUGGACACGUUGGCUGCAGGGUUGUUAGCCAUUGGCUUGAUGAAGGGGGACCGUCUUGGAGUGUGGGGCCCUAACUCUUACGGAUGGCUCUUGUUCCAGUUUGCAACAGCCAAAGCUGGGAUUAUCUUGGUCACAAUAAAUCCAGCCUACCAGUCACAAGAACUGGAAAAUGCUUUGAGAAAGGUUGGUUGCAAGGCACUUGUAUUUCCUAAUGAAUUCAAAACCCAGAAGUAUUAUGAACUACUAAUGAAUGUCUGUCCAGAGGUGGAGCAAUCUAGUGCAGGAGGGAUCAACAGUGCACGGUUACCAGAACUGAGGACAGUAAUCAUGCUGGACAAUAGGCAGCCAGGCACAUUUCAUUUAGAUGAAGUUAUGCUGGCUGGAAGCACAAGUUAUGUCCAACAGCUUCAGGAGCUACAGAAAACAAUGUCCUUUGAUGAUCCAAUCAAUAUCCAAUUUACCUCUGGAACAAGUGGGAUGCCAAAAGCAGUGAUCCUAACACAUUUCACCAUGCUGAACAACGCAGCAUUGGCAGGUUUCAGACUGGGAUACAACUGGCGAGUUACCCGCAUCUGUUUAUUAGCUCCCAUGUAUCACUGCUUUGGAACAGUGCUUGGAUGCAUGACCAUGCCCAUCUUUGGCAGUACUAUUGUUUAUUCAUCUCCGUCAUUUGAUGGGAGGGCAGCACUGGAAGCCAUCAGUAAAGAAAAGUGUACAUCCAUAUGCGGAACUCCAACAAUGUUUAUUGAGAUGCUGUCCCAGCCAGACAUUUCCAAGUUUGACUUGUCAAGUCUGCAGACAGGCAUUAUUUCAGCAUCUCCAGUUCCAAAAGAAAUCUUUAAGAAAGUUAUGACAGAAAUGCACUGCCAUGAACUCACAGUUGCCUAUGGGAUAACAGAAACCAGUGGUGUCACAUUUCUUGGCUUUCCCUUUGAAGAUUUAGAAAGGAAGAUAGAAACUGUUGGAUAUAUUCUGCCCCAUAUACAGGCUAAAGUCGUAGACACCAGUACAGGUCAUGUAGCACCUCUUAAUACAUCAGGAGAAAUAUAUAUUCGGGGCUACUGUGUCAUGUUGGGAUACUGGGGUGACCUUGAGAAAACCAAAGAAGCUAUAGCUCCUGAUGGUUGGUAUAAAACAGGAGAUUUGGGAACAAUGGAUGAGUAUGGAUACCUCAGGAUUGUGGGCCGCUGCAGUGAUAUGAUUAUCCGAGGUGGACAGAACAUCUACCCUGCUGAGAUUGAACAGUUUCUACAUAAACAUCCCAAGAUCCAAGAAGCACAGGUUGUUGGUGUGAAGGAUAAAAGGAUGGGCGAAGAGGUCUGUGCAUGUCUGCGUCUGAAUGAAGGUCAGGUAGUCACGACCGAUGAGAUCAAGUCAGUCUGCAAAGGGCAGUUAUCCCAUUUUAAGAUUCCCAAAUACGUGGUGACUGUGAACAGCUAUCCUAUGACUACGUCGGGAAAAAUUCAGAAAUAUUUACUAAAGAAAGAAAUGGAAAAACAUCUUGGACUUUAAACAUCUGCAGGAGGUCUGUAGCAGGUUCCUAGGUGUGGUGACAUUCCCUUCCAAUACUUAUGGUGACUGCUGUGGUAGAUGAAUAUUCCUUGCUUCAGUCUUUUUUUGCCAUUCCUGGCCCAUGUCAAAAAUCUCUUCUCCAUGGAUUGUGUUAAUUUCAUGAACUACAUACCUCUAAUGAAUGAUGGCAUAUUUUCCCUCCACUGAUUUUGUUCAUAUCAUGGACUAGAUAUUCCCAAUGAAUGAUGAAGGCUAAAAGCAAUGUGAAGCACUUUUAGUAAGGUCUUAAAUUAUGUUUUCCAGUUUCUACAUUCAAAUAUUCUUUGUUGUUUUGAUGUUGUUACGUGCUGAAAUGCUGUACUGGGAAGACUUACUAUAUGUAAAGAUUAUUUAGAAAAUUGUAGAUUGUUUAUAACUAUAUUCAGUACCUACAUACAAAUAAACAAGUUUGAUAAAACAGGUAAGAAAUAAAUUUGAGCACAUUGGCCUCAUAUUAUAAUCUAUUUAUUUUUAUUUCUUCAUUUCAUUUAACUGGGAAAGGCUGACUGAUCCCAAAAAGAGUGCCCUUUCAAGAGUGGCCCAGGGAAAAAUGCUCCAUGGAUUACAAUGAAACUAUAAUUGAAAUUACAGCUAUUGUCCAGAGAUACAAAGAGUAAAUAGUAGUACUGAAACAUUUUCAGGGAAAGAGAUAAUAAUAUAUUUUGAGAAAAAAUAUGCAACCACUCUUUAUUUACAAAAAGAGUAUUAGCAUCAAGUCAAUAUUAGAAAACAAUAAAAGUGCAGUUCCACUUACAAGAUCCAACAUUUUAGGUAGUUUUCCAUGUGGAAGAUGUAAACAAUGUAGGUUUAUUAGUAAUGUUUCCUGUUUUGAAUUUAAACACAAUGGUAAGACCUUUUGGGCUAGAGAUCGAUAUACCUGUAACACCACAAAUGUUGUUUACUGUGUCAAAUGUGAUUCAUGUGACUGUUUUUAUAUUGGAAAGACUAUUAGAGCCCUUAACAAAAGUAUCUAUGAGCAUUGUUUGGCAGUAAAAAAGAAGAAAGACAUUACCAAUGCUUUGGCAGUUCAUGCCAGUAUUUGUCCUUCUUUUAAGAAGUUUUCUUUUUUGUGUUAGAAAGAAUCAAUUCUGAUUUAUUUACUGGGGAUUACAAGAUGUUACUUGAAUGUCAUGAAAGUUUAUGGCAAAUAUCUUUGAUAGCUGAUCAAACACCUGGUCUUAAUGGCACUAUUAACAUCAAAUGUUUUUUGUUAUUAGCAAAGCUUAGAUAAUCACUUUUACAAUUUUGUUGGUAUGAAAUUAUCAUUACUGAAAUUGUUUUUAUAUAACAAAACAUAUAUAUUUAUGUACUCAAAUUGAUUUAUAUUUACAUUUUUAUUUUUAUACUGAUUUAAUUAUUCAUUUAGUUUUAUAUUAACUUAAUUAAGUUUUGAGCCAUGUGAUCUUGUGACACGUUGUAUUUAAAUGAAUGGAGUGUGUGAGGCAAUUUUUCUGAAGAAGCUCAGUUGAAUUAAAGUGAGUGAAAGCGCUAAAACUGCCGUCUUGUGAUUGGAUUUUAUUGUCUCCUGGUUUUGGUGUUUUCUUUUUAUCUAGUAUAUGUAUUGUAUUUACAUUUUCAAUUGAUUGCAUUUUCCUGUAUGAAGCUGGUAGCUGGGGGGAGGGGGUUAGUGUGUUAAUAUAACUAUACAGUGACAAAUGUUAGUCAUUCAGUAUUAAAAAGGGUAUGGAUAGGGAAGAAAAACUGAAUAUCAGUGAAAGUGUUUGAAUCAUACAGGAAAAGGGUUAGCUUGAUCGAAAGUUGGUCAAGAUUGAUAUACAGAGUGAUACAGAGGGAUGGUUAGGUUGAUUGAAAGGAUAUUCUUUUGCAGAAGUGUGUAAGUAAUAGAAUGCUA